AUCUUAGCGUCCUUCCUCCAUUGUACCGGCAAGAUAAUAAUCUUGUGUUUUCUCGCUUAAGUGACAGCUGAUUUUUUGUUUAGCAGUGAAAACUGUAAAACAGUAGAGAAGACAAGAAGGCUUAAAGGCUAGAUGUAAAGAAAAAGAAUUUGGAAGAAGAGUGUCAAAAUUAAAUUUGUUACUACCCCUGAAAGAAAAUAUCUUCUCAAUCACGCCUACAAGGAGUAUAUCAAGAUGCAGCUGAAUCCUUCUGGCUCAUUGCCUUUAAUACAGGCAAUGAGUCAAAAUUUACAAGGAUCUGAAAUAUUAACUAGAAAAAAUGCUAGUAAGCAGUCAGACUUGAUAGAUAAUGAAAGUAAUAGUGAAUGGAGUUCAAAGGAAGAUAAAUCCUUAAAAUAUAUUCCAUUUGCUAAUAAUUCUAAUCUUUGCUGGCUGAAUUCAUCAAUGUCUUUAAUAGCUCACAACAAGACUAUCCAACGUUCUAUAAAUAGCAAUUCUUCAAUAAUUUAUAUUAUCAUGAAGGGCUAUAAAAGUGCUAUUUCUGUUUAUAAUGAUUAUUCCAAUUCUGCAAGACUGCCACUAGCAGAAGACCUGCUUCAGAGAGUACAGGACAUUGUACUAAAGUAUUUGGAACCAAUCAUGAAGUGUAAGAAUGGAUUGCCAGAUUCAGCAUUUUGUGCUGUUCUGAACUUAAUUAAUGAAAACAAAGAAGUAAAAAAUUUGUUCCUUGUGGAAUAUUUUUGUAUUGGGAGCUGUAAAAAGUGUGCACACACUCACGUGAAAAAUUUGAAGAAAACAAUUAUCACAUUGUCAAAAGUUAGGGCAUUCAACCCAGAUUCUCCUGUGUGUCUGUAUAAGUGUCCUAAGUGUGAAUCACAGGAUCAAGAGUUGGAAAUCAAAUAUAAAACCUUGCCUCAGUGUUUAAUUUUUCAUUUUGAAAAUGGAGCUGGAGAAGGCCCUCUCAAACAAUUUGAAUUAACGGCAGACAAUCGUAAAUAUAAGUUAUCUGGCUUUAUAGCAUUAAAAAAGGGCUGUAUUAUUAAUCACUUUGUGACUUGGAUAAGAGAUGUUGUCUCUGAUACUUGGCUUGAAUGCAAUGAUUUGAACAGUAAUGUUUUGAGUUUUACUAAGCAUCCAACAGACUUUAAACUUGAAGAUCUUUACCUUGUCAUGUAUGAAGCCCUAGAUAAUAAGGGGACGACACUCAAUGUUUCUGCAGAUACUGCUAAUAUCAAUAGAGUGGAUUUAGAUGAUACAAGCUCAUCAUGUAUUCCUCUCGUCGAUCUUUCAGACGAAGAGGAAUUUGCAGAAAAUGUACUAGGAAAAGAUCAUGCCAUUUCUUCAAGUAAACUAUCAAUUGCUUUUGAAAUAGAAGAAAAUCCUGUUACAUCUCAGGAUAAUAAUGUUUUGAUGGAAGAAUCAGACAAUCUUAAUAUGGGGGAGCCUAUUAAUGAAGCAGAAGAUUUUCUUCAAAAUGAAGAUGAAUCCGGUGCAAAAUCAUCGGUUCUAUCUACAUGUCCUAAAAAAUUGAUGAAAAAGUUUGUGUCAAAAUAUGACGGUAUUGCCGUCGAGGAAUGCGAACUUGAAGGUGAAAAUUUUCCUGAAAAUGCUGUUGCAAAUUUGGAUAAAAAUCUGCCAGAUCAUGGUGCUGAGAAAUCAGUUGAGACUUCAACAUUGGCUGUUCAUACUCCAUUUACUCAAGAACAGCUACAAGUGGAGAAUUUGCCUUCAAAAAUGCCUUUUGUGCUUCUUACAAAAAUGGAAAACCGUGAAAUUUCAAAUGAUGUCUCAGGAAAGGUUAAUUUUGUAGAAGAAUUAACAAAGACUGUUGCUGUAAAAGAUAAAGUUACUUCCUCUAAACCUGAACUUAAACGAAAAGCUGAACAAAUAGAUUAUUUGAAAACAAAAGUUAGAAGAGUUGAUUCAGGUCAUAAGAGGAAUAGAAGAAGUAAGCAGUGCUAUGCUUGCAGUAACUAUGCAAGCGUAGAAAAAGGUAAGAAUAAGAAAAAUUUUGAAUUUAAGGACAAUGCAGAAUGUGAUGAAAAAUGUGUCCAUAGUAAUAAUAUGCAUAUCCUACAAGAAAUUGACUAUGAAGGUGAUGCUUUCACUGUUACUAUGUUAAAUCAGUUAAAGACAGUGGCGCAAAAUGUGCGUUAAAAAUCUGUCUUUAACUGAGAGGUACUUUUGGAUGUAUUCGUCUGUAUUAUAUAAAACAUUUUUAAAAUAUCCA